AUGUUAAAUAAUCACAAUUUAAAUAUAAAAACUAACAAAGCAACGGCUAUAGUCUCUACAGCUUCUACCUCAAUUUCAAUACCAAAAAAUAUAGAAAAUGACAACAAAAGUGAAAUUAAACGAAAAGACGACGAGGAAAUUAAUCAUGAAAAUGUAGAAUCUUAUUUGGUGCCAUGGACUUAUUCUUGCCUUUUUAAGCCAGCAAUUGAACGUGUAAAACAUUCUUAUGUUGAGAACCAAGAAGCUGUUUAUGCAUUAAAUCAUCUUCUCGAGGUGUUUCGCCAUGUUGACCAAGCUUCUCAUUCAUUUCUUUUUGAUUUUUCCAAAUUAAUUUUUGCCGAGUCGGGUUUGGGGAAUUCUAUUAAUUUGCAGGAAUCUUAUUUGCGAAUGCAUGCAAAUGCUCCAAAUUCUGAUUUAGAAUUUCCUCCACGUCUUUCACAAAUUCAAGAAUUUCAACUUUUUUCUGUCAGAGCCAUCGCUUUACGUCGGGUUUUGUCUCGAAUACCCGAUGGUAUGACAGAAAGGCGUCCAUUUCUCGAAACAAUUAAAGAAAUUGCUGCAUCAAUUAAAUAUUUAUUGGACACAACAAAUGCAAUAAUUGCAAUUGUUCCAAUUAAUUACCAACAUUUGGUUGAGAAACGAAAGAGAGAAUUUGUUCAAGCUAGCAAACGUUUUAGUAAUACUUUGAAGGAUUAUUUUAAACGGCAGGAAGCUAAUCAAGUUUAUAUUGCUGCUAAUCAACUAAUUUUACAAACUAUGAAGCUUUGUCUUGCAAUUCGAGAGCGUGUCCGUAUGGGAUAG